CCGGCCGGCUGUCUGGUUUUCUUUUGUUUCCCGCUUUCUGUCUGCUUCUGGUUCUGUCGUCUGUCUUCGUUGAUUCUUCUUCUCCGCUGUUCAUCGGAUGAUUUCCUGUCUGUUAUAGUUAUAGAUUCCAAAAUGGGUUCUCCAUCAUUAUCAUCCAGGGAAGCGACAAAAUCAUCAGCCGCCUCCCCCCGGGAAAAAGAAACCCACGUCGUCAAGGUCGGAGCAAGAGAAGAUCCCCAUCAGUUCGACCCUCACACCGUCGUCGCCGCCCCAGGCGAUGUCAUUUCCUUCGAGUUCUAUCCGCGCAAUCACUCCGUCGUCAGGGCCGAAUAUAAAGCGCCCUGUGUGCCUUCCGACAAGGGACUGUUCUAUUCGGGCGCGUUCGAUAAGUUCAAUGAGGUUGAUGGGCAGUUGCAGGGGGGUCCUCCGACAUGGGAAUUGACCAUCAAUGACACCGAGCCAAUUUUCUACUACUGCACCGCCAUCGACUCCUGCAUAAAAAAUGGCAUGGUCGGCGCCAUCAACCCGAAUAAAUCCAUGACAUGGGAAACCCAAAACAAAAGAGCCAAAUCCUACCCCUACAUGCUCGUCCCAGGCGAGCCCAUGCCCGCCGAAGGAGACCUCCCCCCUUCCUCCUCCUCCUCGCCCUCCCCAGGCGAAUCUACCUCCGGCACCGUCCUCAGCAAAGGCGCCAUAGCAGGCAUCGCCGUCGGCGCCGCCGCCUUCGUCAUAAUCCUCAUUGCCCUCUUCUUCGUCCUCGGCCGCCUCGGCGUCUACCGCCAGUGGAUGCGCUCUUCAGCCGUCGGCGACGACCGCGCGGAACGAACCGCCCGCUGGGCCUUCUUCCACGGCGGCCCGACCACGCAGUCUGCGGCGACCCGCUCGAACGGGAAGAGCGAGCCCCUGUCGAGCGCUUCGCCCAUGGGUCCCCACGGCGGUAUGGGUGGUGCACCCGAGUAUCAGCCCGUGCCCAUGGGGAGUCCUGAGAUGGGUCACGGAGGUGGGUUCGGACAUACAUCGAUGCAAAGCAUGCAGAUGCCGAUGCAUCCGCAGAGCCCGCCCCCGCAUUGGAGCUGGGAGGGCAGUCAGUUCGGUCAGAUGCAGCAGCCGAUGCAGCAGCAGAUGCAGCCGGGGGUACAUGUUGUUCAGAUGAGGGAGCCGAUGGAGUUGGAGGGGAAUAGGCCGGGAGAGAGAUGAUCUUCCCCCUUUUUCCCUGUAUACUUCUCUUUUUCUAAAACAGGUUGACGUCGUCUGUGUUGUUGCACUGGUCGGGAUUAUCCUCACCCUGGCUAAUGUAAGAAGCGAUGGCCAUAUCUUUGAGUGGA